AUGGGCCAUGUCUUGGAGCUGGAGCACCUGGAGGAGGAUGAGUCUCAGAGUUGGAGAGACACUUGGCCAGUUGGUCAACACAUCAGCUCUGCUCCUCUUAAACUAGGUCCACUACAGAGACUAGCCCUGGUGUCCAUAAUGUCCACCCUAAUUACCCCUUUCCUGAUCCUCAUUUUUCGCGGGAUUCAGAAAGCAGGGAAGAAAAGCAUAAGGCUUGCAUCCAUGGGAGAAGAUUAUGACAGUGAUGAAGAUGAUGAUGGUGGUUGUCAGUCAAGCAGCAGUCGCAUCACUCCAGCACACUUGUCUGCAGAGACAGAGACUACUGAUGAAAUGAAGGCCAGAACUGAUGGUGCACCUGUCAAGGUGGGAGGGUCACACCCAUUGCUCAGUCCUACCACCAGGGAGGCCAACAAGUCUCUGACAACCACCACCACUUCCGUCACUGCCAGUGUUGGAUCAAAAAAAGAAAUGGCGGAACUGUUCGUCAGGAGGGAUGAGUUCAAAGGCGUGCUUUUUCCCGCCGACCCCAGAGGACUGGACGCGGUAGCCGUGGAGACAGGCGACACCUAG